AUGUCAGUUGAUGUCCGUUAUGCAGCAUUCGCAGGAAUCACAGCGAUCCUCCUUUUCGGAACACUCUACUCCGUCGCAUACGACACUUAUCUCGAUACCUCCAAUCCCGUCCUCACACAUCUCCCUCACCACCUACAUGCAACGCACUACUUCGCAAACAAAUCCAACAUCCUAAACUCAUACUUCAUCAAACGUGCAUGGGGCUGGACUUCUGCCGCCUUCCUCACGCUCUGGCUCACCAGCCCACCGCACAAGCGGACAGUAAACAGAGUUCUCAAGUGGGGCGUAGAAACGGCCGUGUGGCUCGUGUUCACAAGCUGGUUCUUUGGGCCUGCCCUACUCGAAAGGCUCACAGCAGCCUCGGGGGGCGAGUGCAUGGCCACUUUCCGGUCUGGUGACGUUUUCACCGUCCCGUAUGAAUACUGUCUCACGCGGACGGCGAUAUCACAAGAGACGCAUCCAUUCUUGUUUGUUGGAUCGUUUGCAGAGUCGUCGUUACGGGUGCCGGAUGAUAGGUUGCCGGUGAUUCCUCGCUUGAGGAAGGGACACGAUGUGUCAGGCCACGUCUUCCUCCUCACUAUGUCUGUCCUAUUUUUGGUGGACCAGAUCAGGCCGUCUUUGUACGCGAGGUCGUGGUCGCCUCCGCAUGCUUGUGCAGUCGCGUUCAAUAUCGCGCUUGUCACGAUCUGGUUAUUCGCAAUCUCCACUACUAGCGUGUACUUCCAUACGCCAUUUGAAAAGUUCACCGGAUAUCUGUUAGGAGUCGCGGGUUACAUGGUGACUUUGUUGUAUUAG